AACUUUCCCUUCCGAGAACCGUGCUUUCCUCUCUCGUGUUUUUGGAACAAAACAAAAGGCACGGCGCUGAGUGGCAAUUCUCGAGGUCGCUGGAAUUAUGGCAGACGAACUUGCCAGACGGAGGGAACUGAGGAGGAAAAAGAUCUUGGAGAAUGCAGAAGAGAGAAAGAGGAAAAUAUUUGGGAGCAGCACGUACCAAAACUCUAUCACACAAAAUGGCGAAACUCCAGACCUGAAAGUGGAACCUACCCCCUUGGUUGAUACUGGAAGCCAGCCAAACACAAAUCAUAACCACAAUGCCACAAGCAAUAGAAACCAGCAGAAUGAUGUCUUUGGGUCAAACUCAAAUGACCUUGAAACUUUACACAAUCUGCUGUCAACUCCUUCCCCAGGUCUGCAGAAUGCAAGUUUUUUGAGUCCACAAAGUGAGACUAAUUCCAAAGUCAUCACUUGUUUCACAUCACCUGUACCCUUGGCAUUGAUGGUCUGUCUCAUGUUGUACAUAGAUUUGGGCUAUGUAAUAUCAAAUAGCUUAGCCUUACCAUUUAUCCUUUGGGAGGUUCACAAGAUGUGGUUGAAAAACUUCAGUGUUGAAAACACUAGUCGCUCUUUUAGCUUCUUGAGCAUUGCAUUGAUGUUGUGUGGUAUACAGCAGUCAGCAAUAACUACAUAUUCCCAGAUUCUGUCACUGUUUACUUGUUUUGUUGAAGAUUUUGCCUUAUAUUUGUUUAUAGUUGUAUCAUGUUAUGUCACUAUUGGAUUUUAGCAUAUUUAGGUUUGAAACCUAAGGAUACUGGUGGAGAAUUGUGGGUUUACACAGUUUGUGCAUAAAGCUGUUUUGUUUCAGUAUCAAUAUUUGGGAUAUAAGAAGGAAAUAAACUUAUGCAUUGAG